CGCCCGCCGGAAGAGCUGGGCCGCCGCCGGCGCGAGACUGUCCCUGGCUCUGCUGCCCGCGAGCCCCGCGCGGCGGAGGAGGCGGAUGAGGGGCAGCGGGCUGGGCCGGAGGCUCCUGGCCUCGGGGGGCGGCUCGCGGCCGGGCGCGCCCUGGGGCGCUGCGCUGCCAGCCCCAAGGAGAGGUGAGAGGCGCCUCGGCCCCGCCCCCCCCCGAGGUUUUGCUGCCACAGCCCCUGUGAAGUCGUAUGACAUGAGAAGAGUUGAAAUAACCCCACUGGAACAGAGAAAGCUAACCUUUGAUACCCAUGCAUUGGUACGAGAGCUGGAAGUUCAUGGUUUUGGUAAAGAACAAGCAGAGACCAUUGUAUCAGCGUUAACAACUUUGUCAAAUGUCAGCCUAGACACAGUCUAUAAGGAUAUGGUGACCCAAGCUCAGCAGGAAAUAACUCUGCAGCAGAUAAUGGCGCAUUUGGACUCUAUUCGGAAAGAUAUGGUAAUCCUAGAGAAAAGUGAAUUUGCAAACCUGAGAGCAGAAAAUGAGAAAAUGAAAAUUGAGUUGGAUCAAGUUAAACAGCAGCUAAUGAAUGAAACCAGUAAAAUCAGAGCUGAUAAUAAGCUGGACAUAAAUCUGGAAAGGAGCAGAGUGACAGAUAUGUUCACAGAUCAGGAAAAGAAUCUCAUGGAAGCAACUACAGAGUUUCAUAAAAAAGAUUCGAGUACCAACAGUGCUAUUGCAGAAAUCAGUAAUAAAAUUGAUUCACAAAUAGCCUCCUUAAAAACUCUCAUGGAAUCGAAUAAAUUGGAGACGAUACGUUAUUUGGCAGCUUCUGUUUUCACUUGCCUAGCAAUAGCACUGGGAUUUUAUAGGUUUUGGAAAUAGACCCAGAGGAACUACUGCGCUACAAAUAGAGGAAGAAAAGGCUGCCCACAUCAUGGAACAUCUGUUAGGUCAUACUGUGUUCGCUACUGCGGAUAUUCUUAGUGCCUUUGUUCUUAUAUUGAUUCUUAAUGCGUACUAAAAAAUAUUCUCUUUAAUAAUAAAGGUCAAAAUAGUUAGGGGCAAUAAUAGGAACCUUUCCUUAACUCCUAAUGGAUUCUUCAGUGGCCUUUUUUCAAAAACCUCAUACAGAAGAAACACUGAAUCUGUGUUUAUAUAAAAUCAGAAAGUUUUUUGGCAUAGGAACCAAAGAACAUGUCCCAUGAUUCAUUUUGGAAAGGUUCUGUUCCCACGUCCCUGCCAAAGAAAAGUGUUUACCAUCUGAUGUGACCAAAUGCAAGGAGCUAUCCUACUCUGAAACUUCUGUGCAUCUUAAACUACGGGAGCUGCAUGUUUGUGUUCCAUCCCGAUUCUCCUCUCUCCGCUGGGUGAGGUAUGUCCAUCUUUAUAAUUGUUAAAAUAAAGCCUUUUCAAAAGGAUCCCUUUCCCAGCAUAAAGCUGAAUCGUAUGGAUUAAAAAUGACCAGUGGCUGUAAGACUAAAAUGCCCACCCCUUCUUUGACAGUUUCCUCCACCCAUACAACCAAACAAUUUUAUAAUUCCCUUGUCUAAGGGGAAAUGUCACAUUGGCAACGUGUGUGUAAAACUAACUCCCUGAGCAAGACAAAGGUGGUGGUGUUUUUUUGACUCCUUUCCGUUGCUGGAGAUACAGAACUCCCCUAUAUGGUCCAUAUCCUUUACCUGAAAGCAGAAUCUGCCUUGAAAUGUGGAAAUGUUACAUUUCUUCCAUGAAAGUGCUAAUGUUCCUGCCCCCAGAUCCCUCUGGAAAGCAGGCGAGCACCACAAUUCUUGGGAAAUAAAUUGGUCCCAUUGACUGUCCUAAACCAAACUUAGAUCAUGAUCUCUUUACCUUCUGCCAAUGGCUGAUAAAUUUCAACAUAAAGACAUGACAGGAUGGGAUGAUAUUUUUGCAGCGUUUAAGCAACCAAUCGUAUUUUAUUUAAGUCCUUGUCACGAGAUUAUUUUUCGUCACAAGUGUAAUUAAGUAACCGUGCUGAUGCUUAGUUCCGUUCAUUACAGGUAACUGUGUUGAGCAAAUUUUAACUCUGAGUAGUCUCUGUACAGGGGAGAGAGGUUUUGUAUAUAGUACUGGAUAGAGGCAUUUUCAGGUGACUCUAUCUUACUGUUUACAAAUUGAAUUUGCUAGUGUCCUGUGAAUUUUAUGUUCUCUGUAUGAAAUUCUGUAUUUAAACAGUCCCUUGUAGCAUAAUAAAAUUGUUACAUUGCUGUCCAAGAACUUUGAGUACAAUUUACCAAUUUGUAAAACGGAGAUAACAUCUGACAGUAAGAAUAGUUAUUCUCCUAAGAGCUGAGGCUACUUUAUUUAUGUAUUUUCCUUGUAUGCGCUUUGUACCUAGAGAAUUAAUUACUUUUUCAUCCCUUUGUAUGAUGGGUUUAGAUGUGUUACAAGGUUUUAGAGAAUCACUUGAGCCUAUUCUAAACACCAUAUUUAUAGUUAGGGGUCUACUUAAAUCACAGAACAAUCACACAUUUUUCGCAGGUUGGUCAUGGCAUAAAUAGCAAAUUUCGCAGGUGUUUAUGCCAUGACCAACCUACAGCAGAUUUCUCCGCAGUGUUUCUCAAGCUGGGGGCCGCAACCCAAAAGGGGGUUGCAAGCCUGUUGUAGGGGGCUUAUGGUACUGCUACCCUUACUCCAGCAAAUAUUAUAAAUAUUCUGUCAUAGAACUUCUAUUUUAUUCACCAGCUUCCCUCAGCUUUCAGAGUUGUGUUUUCUUGGCUUGUUUCUUUCUUGAUUCUGCAGAAUCUUUGUAUAUGGAGUGCUUGAGUUAAAUUUAAAAGGUCUUUCUCCACUGCUCAUCCUACUUUUGCAAAAUAAAUGGCCAUUCCAGCAAA